UACAGAGGGUUUUAGGGGAGAAGGAGAUUGGCAGCUGCAUCGAGGAGGAAAACAUCAAAAGGCAAAACUUUUGGUCUCGGGUGGAAUUAGGAACGGCGUCGGGUGUGGUGGAAUCCCUAAGCAAAUCAUCUUCCUCACACCGCCAAAUGGAUGCACAGUGCUUGUAGUAUGAGGGUGGCAGGGAUGGAGGACACGGUGGAGCUGCUGGAGAAGAAGCUAGCGUCUGUGUGUGUGUGUUUCUGUUACACAUCUGAUAAUUAGUGAUGGUCUUUCUUGUUUGAUUGGAUGCUGACAAUUUCAGCACAAUGGGGGGCCAAUUCUGACCAAUGAUGACUCCUGCACGAUUUGCCUUAUUGAUGGGGCUCGAGAUGUGGUCUCUGCUGACAGCUAUAGGGAUAGGAGAAUAUUAAUGAAGCAAGUUGCUGAGGAUGCCAUUGCAGGGAGGUGUUCAGAUGGAACAUACUAUGUUUCUAGAUCAUGGUUGCAGCAGUGGCUUAAAAGAAAAAUUCUUGAUGCUCCAUCUGAAGCUGAUGCAGGACCAACAGUUUCAAUCAGGUGUCCUCAUGGACAGCUUUUGCCUGAGCAAGCCCCUGGUGCUAAGAGAUUGCUUAUUCCAGAGAUCCUCUGGCUCUUCAUUUAUCAAGAUGCUUUAACAGUAAAACCUGCUGAGGACCUGGGUUGUUCAACUUUUCUCUCAGACUCUCUACAGUGUUCUGAGUGCAGUGAUGAACUAUCUGAAGUUGCAUGCAUGGAGGAUUCUUUAAGAUUGGUCAGGGAAAAACAGCGCCAGACUCAUGAUAAAUUGGCUGUCGGGAAAAGUAUUCCUCUUUCUUUGCAUUGCAAGUAUUACUUGAUACCCUAUUCUUGGCUUUCAAAAUGGAGAACCUACAUCAACGCAGCCGGAAGGAAUAUUUCUUCAGUAGAGAAACCGGAAACAUUAUAUGGCAUUAUGGAUUUGAUCAAGUGUGAAAAGCACUCACGACUUCUAGAAAGGCCUGUUGAUCUGGUCUGUAAACGUGGUUUGAUUUCACCAAAGUCUUCCCCUGUGGAUGGGUUAAUAUUCAUUACUGAGAGUGACUGGAAAUCCUUCUGUGAGGAAUGGGGUGGUAUUGAGGAAAAAGGUGUAUCUGCUGAAAUCAAGUUAAGUAAUACUGAAGGAAAUAACUUGGCAGAGUCCUCUGAUGAUGUGCAAAUCUGUGAGGAGGACUUGAGUACUCCAAAUCUCGUGAAUAGUGAAGUUGAUUCUAGAUCGCUUGUGAUUAGGACUUUCCCUGAGAUAUGUGAGGACUGCAUUGGAGAGAAAGAAAGCAGGGAGCUAAUGCGAAAGCUUGAGUACUGCAAUGAGGAUAUAUAUGUAUAAUUGGUACAUGGCAAGGAAGCACCAAAAUAUAUUUUACAAGCAUCUGAGACUAGUUUUGAUCCAGAUCGCCGAGUUUCCAAGCUCUCUCGAAAGACAAACGCCGGAGAUCAAAUAAGUUUGAAAGUCUCUGGUUCUACAUCGAUAUACCAGUUAAAAAUGAUGAUAUGGGAAUCUUUUGGGGAGGUUGAGAUUGCUCUUACUGCACAUCCUACACAAAUUAAUCGCGGAACCUUACUAUACAAACAUAUCAGACUUUCUCAUCUUUUAAAUUUAAGAGACCGACCUGAUCUUACUAGUGAAGACAGAGAUAUGGUGAUUGAAGAUCUGGUGCGAGAGAUAACUUCUGUAUGGAAAACAGAUGAGCUUAGGCACCAUAAACCCACGCCAGUUGAUGAAGCUAGGGCAGGUUUGAACAUUGUGGAGCAGUCCCUUUGGAAAGCUAUACCUCAUUAUUUACGUCGUGUCAGCAAUGCUUUAAAGAAGCACACUGGGAAACUGGAAAACCACUUCCGUUGAAAUGCACACCAAUCAGGUUUGGGUCUUGGAUGCGGGGUGAUCAAGAGGGAAAUCCCAAUGUGACGGCAAAGGUCACAAAAGAUGUCUCGCUUUUAUCUACGUGGAUGACUAUUGAUCUCUAUAUUAGAGAAGUGGAUAGCCUGAAAUUUGAACUAUCCAUGAAUUGGUGCAGCGAUAGCUUGUCAAAACUGGCACAAGAGAUUCUAGAGCAAG